AAUCAGUCAUAAUUUAAGAAGCAGUGAUGGCGGCUGAUUCUUGCUGAUAAAAGUUUACUUGUUGACAUUCUUGGUCGCUUUCAAACAAAAUAUUACGCAACUCGUGCUAGUCUCGUUCUUUUGAAAUCUUCUAAUGAACGCGUUUCGUGAAAUUAUAUUAACAAUUAAUUCGCUAAACAUAAUUUUCAUACAGGAUUCGUGUCAAAAAGAAAAUGUACUCUCAACUCAACGACACUUAAUAGAAUCAGAGGAGCGCAUUAUGUCAGCUUGUGUGUACUUUAAAUCAAGUGCAUAGUGUAAUUUUUUUAUUUUCUCAUUAACAAUUAAUGGAUAGAAAUUAUUUACAUAAAAAAUUGAUAAAUUUGAUGGAAUUUGAUAGUUUAAUGAUCUGUGAAUGAAUAAUUUUGUGCUUUAUUUGGUGUAAUGGAAAGAUACUAUUCAAAGAAAAGAGUUCACGAUCGUUGAUUUAAUUUUUUUUUCAAAGCAUAAUUAAUUCACUAAUUUUUGAGGGAGAAUGGCAAUGCGUGUAACUCUCGAGUGUGGCCAUACAUCUGAAUUACGUGCCCAAAGGACUCCAGAAGGUUAUACGCACGAUUGGCAAGUUUUUGUACGAGGGGUUGACAAUGCUGAAAUUCAUCAAUACAUUGAAAAAGUUGUCUUUCAACUUCACGAGACAUUUCCUAAGCCAAAAAGAGUCUUGAGAGAGCCACCUUAUGUAGUGAAAGAAUCGGGCUAUGCCGGAUUCGAAAUUCCAAUUUCCGUUUAUCUAAAAAACAAGGAUGAACCAAAGAAGUUUCAUAUUUCCUACGACUUGAAUCUUCAACCCAGUGGUCCAGCGAUAAAUAAAGUUCUGUUACAUAGUGAAAAUAUUCCUAAUCCCAAUGACGAAUUUAGGAAAAAACUCCUCAAAGGUGGAGCCGUCAUGGUAACUAAUUCAGAAGGAACACCCGAGAAAAGUAAAGCAGCUCCUCUAAUGGUAGGUAAACCUAAAUUAAGUGGGACCGAGGGGAAGAAGUAUAGAAUGUCAGAACCGAAGGGAUCAAAUGCUUUCGCUGAUUUAUUCGGUCCUCCAAUAAAGACUGCGGGAACGAAAGUCUCCCCCGACACGAAGAAACCUUCCUCGUCGUCCACAUCAUCAUCAUCAACAUCGGAAAAAACAAGCAGUACAAAACUCUCAUCCUCGGAGAAACCCGAAAAAAGUGAUAAAAGUUCAAAGGCAAAGCACAGUCCGCACAAGGAUGGAAAAAAGGAAAAAACCUCCGACGAAAGAAAGGAGAAAAAGGACAAAGAAUCAUCCAAGGAAAAAGAGAAAAAUAAAGAAAAAUCCAAAAAAUCGCAGAGUCCAACAAAUAAAAGUGGUCACAACACGAGUCCAGGAACCAAGAGACCCACUUCACCUUCCCCAAUAAAAAAACCCUCAACUCCUCCACCGUCACAACCAUCGAAACGACCACCAUCUCCAAAACCCCGCGAAAAGGAAUCGAAAAAAGUCCCCCAAGAAAAGGACAAGGAAAAAGAAAAGGAUAAAAUAAAAGAAACAUCUAAAAAUACAUCCGACGAUUCCCGAACCGAGAAAAAAAAGGACAAAAAGAAGCAUAAAGAGGACAAGGAAAAGGAGAAGAAAGAUAAGCACAAGGACAGAGAACGUGACAAGAGUAAAGAUUCCAAAGAAUCAAAAACAGUCGAAAAGAAAAUUGAAAAACCCGAGAAACCCGAGAAGAUCGACAAGGAAAAACCCCAAGAAUUCAAACAGUCGAAAGAUGGAAGAAAAUCACCCAAACCAAUCAAGGAAAUCGAGAAACCCCCCAAGGAGGAAAAACCCCCAAAAUUAGAGAAAAUCGAAAAAACCGAAAAAUUGGAAAAAUCCAAGGACAAUAAAGAAAAGGAGAAGCACAAAAGUAAGCACAAAAAGCGUGAAAAGAAAGAUAAACGUGAUGGCAGUAAAGAAAGAGACAAAAAGGAGAAACGUGACAAAAAUAGAAGUUCAAGUGAAAAAUCAAAUAAUGCCCCAAUUCAAGCACCAGUGACAACGAAUCCUCUUUCCACUCUCCUGGCCGAAAUGCCCGAUAGAGAUAGCAGUGAUUCAGCCCCUUCACUUGACGACGAACCCAUUAUAACAGAACCAAAAAUAAUUCCCCCUGUUAAAAAAGAACCACCUGUCCUAACUCCAACUGUUUCCAACGAAUCAAAACCAAUCAUGUCCCCACCGCCUGUUAGUGAUAAGAAAAAUCGUAGCGAUCGAACAAAACGUGAUAAAUCAAAGGGCAAUCGUGAGGACAAGGAGACGAAGAAACGAAAAAGAAGAAGCGAAAGUAAAGGCGACGAUGAGCGUGCUAUUAAAAAGGAGAGAGAUCAAUCGGCCUCGCCACUUGUCGAACCAGUGUCAUCGAGUCAAUCGCCAAUUGCCGUCGAUAUGGAGACUGUUCAUCAAAAAGUCCCGAAGGAAGAUGGUGCUGCCUCGAGGAAACAAUCAUCAACAGGCAAGGGAAGUGAGGGCGAGGGCGAACAAGUUGCGCCCGAUUCAACAAAUUCAACCCUUGUUGAACCCGAAACAACUGCCGAUACUUCCUCAUUCUCACAAGAAUAUGUUUCGCAAUUAAAGGAUUUGCAGCAUAAAAUAAUGACGAUCGAGGAUAAUCAGGAAUUGCAGAGACUUGUCGAGGUUAUUGCUGAAACAGGCCAGUAUGAAGUUACAAAGAAAACAUUUGACUUUGAUCUUUGCGCUUUAGAUCGAAGGACAGUGCAACGCUUGCAACAAUUUUUCGCGUCGUGACCACCCAUUUCACGUUAAAUGUGCGUGUGUAUAAAAAAUAAAAAGUAUAUAAUAUA